AUGGAGUUCAAGCAUCUGGUGGAGGCGGCGGAGAAGUGGUGUUCCGGUAACCCGUUCGACCUCAUCUUUGCCGAGGAGGACGACGAGAGGCGGCUGGACUUUUACGCAGAGCCCGGCGUCUCCUUCUACGUACUGUGUCCCUGCGGCACCGACAGUUUUGUAAGUGAGCCUCUGCAGGGCCUCAAGCUUUGUGUGUGUGUAUGUGUGUGUAGGUGUGUCGAGGCUGGGCAGGAGGUGGGGUUGUCCCGGUUGGUCCCGGUUUUCCAGCUGAUGGACAGGGAGGAAGGGGAGGGGGGGGACUUUGGGCGAAGAAUGGGGAUGAUGUCAUUUUAAUUUGGGUCCACACCCCGCACCCUCCCACUCUCUGCCGGUACUGUUUUUCCUUUAUCAUCAUAAUCAACUGCGAUAACCAUCUGAACUCAACGCCACCAAGAAACUAUGCAGGGUACAAUAACACGAGGCCAGUGACUUUCAAAAUAAAAGCUCUACGGUUAAUCAGGUGGCAUUUUAAUUUGGAAUCGACACGAAAAAGGCCCAAUAGCUACAUAUACAGGGUUAAAUAGGGACUUAUCUGUUUUUUAUUUAAUGUAAUUUCAAUAGGCCUUCACUGCAUUUUGAGACCAACAUUUCUUGGUGCUUCAAACUUCGAUUUCAAACCUAAUGUACAGAUAACUCAAUAAAACAGGGGUUGUUCUGCAGAUAAACAUCAUAAUACAGUCUGAGUAAUAUGUAUUUUGAUUAGCCGUGUUAGUCCAUAAAUCAAGGACUGAUCCAAGCCUUAUCUUAUUUGAACCCUUGAUGCAAAAAUUCAACAUAGCUUUGUUUGAUCCUCUUAAAUCAAGUUGAAUUUCUGCUCAUUUCUGGCAAUAUCAGACACCUAGAUGGCCUAACUUUCAAAAAGGACAACGCAGAAGUCACUGAACUUGGCCAAACUCCUAAAACGAUAUAAUGAUAUGCACUUUAUUGUCAACGCUGCAGGUUUACUCUUAUUGUAAGAAUGGGGUAACACUAUUCACUGCCUGGUGGCACUGUGAUACAUGCAGGGGGGGUUCAAGCCCUAAUUUGCCUGAGGCCAAAUCCACCCCGCUCCCUCCUCCGGCUCAGUGACACAGGCUAACAGGCUAGAGAGCAGAUGGAGAUGACCCAGGAGCCAGAGCGUCUGUUAAGUCAAUAACAGAUUAUGUCACACUGAGCGUGCCUGUGUUAUGUGUUUGCAGGGAUCGCCCAGUCCGUUCCACAGACUGCAGAGCAAUGCUGUUUGUAGCAGAGCCUUUCUAUUGCAGCAUAUGAGAGGGAUGCUUAAAAAUCCAGCCCCUGCAUAGUCAAACUACCUCACUGAGAAUAUCAUCACAGGGAAGAAAAACACAGAGUUACAUAACACAAGAUGUAGGUACACAAGUGCAUCAUUGUGUUGUUCAUUAGCUGUUUUCUUGAACGAGUCUUAGCAUUUGUCCAGUUGUUGAAUCUCGUGCACGUCAACUGCUGAAUCCUUAACACUUGUGUACACUCUAACACAAUCGUGCACACACACAAGCCCACUCAAUGUCCUCUUUGCACUCUGAAAUCAGCUCAGACAGAGGAAAACUCUCUGUCUCAAGAUGUAGUUACUUUCGACUGAUCAAUACUGUAUCUUAUCAGCAGGAUGUCUCAAACACCACCUCUCUUCACUCUCUUUUUCUUUCUCACACACACAUACACACACAAAUAGUCCUCCCUGUUUAUCUUGUUUUCCCCCCUCAUAUCUACAGAUCAUUGCUCUAUCUUAUCACUAGAGGGUGCUGUGAUAUGAGCUCCGGCAUCAUAGCUGUGCAUCCAUACAUGACUGUUUCCACCUCUGCCAUUUUCCCUCAGGGUAACUUUGUAGUUUUUUUUUGUCAUCCAGGUCACGUGACUCUGUGUCUAACAGCUGUAAAACAAGAGCUACUGGAUUUGCUCUGUGAGAUCUGCUGAAUGAUGAGGUUUUGGUGGUGUAGCAGAGGCACACCCUAAUGUGAUACCAUCCAUCAGUGUCAGACUGGUACAAGCAUCCCUCAGCAGUCACAGCGUGAGGGUUCAAUAUCAGGUCUGUCUACAGCGCCGGGAACACUGUUUCCACAUGCUGUUACACAUGACCGUCCUGUGGCUCCUAAGAAAUCAGAUUUACAUCGCAUAUAACAAAAUAAAUAUGCUAUAAUGUUAUAAUUUAUCCACUAAUUGUCAAAAUUAAAACUACUCAUACAGCCCAAAUUUAUCUCCAUGUUGGGCAGGAACCCUUGAAUUCCUGCCUUUAUUAUUGUGAAGAGUACAUCAGGGGUUUUCAAGGUGUUUUUUUUUUUUUCUUUUUCUAUCAAUCAGUCACUAACAACAGAGUGAUAUUAAUGGUAAUUGCAGCAGCUGGAGUCAAGUAGGUCCUCUACAGCAGGCAGUCCCUAACCAUGAUUCACAAACAUGACCUAUGUGACAAGGGAGCUCAAAGACUCCUGGGAAGAUAUAUUUAGUAACAUGCACUGAUGAUACAUUUGUGCUCACAGAUUGGGAGAGACAGGAGCUCUGUGUGCGAAAUGUCCCAGUGAAUAGUCUGAGCCCUGACCUCGAAGCUUUAUCAGAAGAGAACUGUUAAACCCUUCACUCUUGUAAAUGGGGAGUGAGUCUACCUCCCUCGCUCAAACCAGUAGAUUAUUUAUCAGGAGUAAGAUUUGAUAUAUAAAGGCUUUACCUCCUCAACUAUCCUUGGAGGCUGUUGGAUGACAAGCAGCCCUGCUAUCUGCAUGCACAGUGUUCUAGUAAGGUUACAGGGUGCUUCGAUCGUAUAAAGAUGCAGUGGUGCCUGACCACUAAGAGCUUUGCAGAUGAAAAAAAAAGAAUAUUAAAUCAUACUCCAGUGCAGAAGAGCUAACACAGGACAGAUGUGAUCUCUUCUCUUGCUUCUUGUCAGUAAAUUUGCAGCUGCAUUUCAGACCAGAUCGAGUCUGGUUAGUACAGCCUGAUAACGGAGAAUAACACCACUCAUGGGUUACUUUUUCUAUAUAACAGAAUGUGCCUGUUAUUUGCAGGUUUCGUGGGUGAAAAAAAAGCCCUCCUUGAAUUUCUUUAUAUGUGGGCGUUAAAGAACAUAUCCUGAUCAAAUAUAACUCCCAGAUUCCUUGCAGUAGUGCUGCCAGGAUGAUGCAAUCUAGGGCAGCUGUAUCAUUAGAUAACAAGUCUCUUAUGUGUUUGGGGCCAAGUACAAUGACUUUAAUUUUUUUUCUGGGGUAAGUAGCAGAAAAUUGCUGGUCAUCAGGGUCUUUAUGUCUGUUAGAGAUGCUUUGAGUUUUAAGAAUUUGGUUUACAAGUCCCCAAAUAUAAUUUCAGAUGAUAAUCCCAGCCCUCCUUUGUUCCUCCAAAUAAAUCUGCACUGUUAGCCAGAUGACCCUGAUGACUUGGCUUCCGUAAUUUGUAGACAGGCCUUUUCACUGCAGUUAAACAACUCUUACUGUAAGUGAAGAGGAAAGUUUUGGUGCCAUUUAUCUAACAUUGCAGACCUUGGAAGGAGCCGACAACUCGUGCAAUAAGGAAGUUUUUUUAUCAGUCUCCAGAAACACAUGCGAUAAACGAAACACUAUUAUACUGACCAGGAGUGUGCAUAUGUCUCUGACCACAAAAGUUAUCACCAUUUACAAAAGAUUUUUAAAGAGAAGGGAAACAUGAAGGAUUGGUGCAUUUUUAGUGACGAUUCUGUACGAGUGCCACUUUUAUUGGGGCUCAUAGAUUCAUGGGAGCUUAUUAUUGGACAACAAAUGUUGAGGUGCUGAUAGGUUUGCCUUAAUGUUACUUUAUCACCUAUUCUCUGGGAAAUAAAAUCCACCUUUGUAUAAACACUCGGCCUUUAUAUGUUGCAUGCCCUCAGUGGCAUGUCUCUUCAUCUAGUUUGAUUAGAUUAUUCUAGUUUUUAUUUGCAACCUAGUCCUAGCCCAGAUCUACUGACUUACUCCGGAGGCUAAAAGACUGAAAAAUAUGAUACAAUAAUACUUUCCUAGUUUAUUAAAGCAACUGUAAAGGGUGUUUAGUCGGUUAUAGGAUGGGCUGAAAUGAAUACUGAGGCCACUUUAUGAUCAGUGAAAGCAAAGUGUAAAGGUUGACUUCCUAUUUUCAGUUAUUAUGGUUCUCUGAAUUCACUGGUGGGGGUGGGUGUCAGACAAGUGAUAGACUGCAUGGCCUUAAAAAAAUGUUUUCCAUUGUCUGAUGAGUGCAACGUUUGACUGUCAACAACAGAAGAAUGAUUAAUUUUAUUUUUUCAUUUUUUGGAUCUAAUUCUUUAGCAUGGAGGCUAUAGGACUCAGAGGCAUCAAUAUUAUCAUAAACAAUUCUAUAAUUACUAUAUUUUGUGGCUGCACAUUUAUUAUUUACCCAUUAGCAACAAUUUAGUUAUAGCAUACUGAAAGUACAUUUGCUUAUCUUUGUUUUGAAUCCUUAUUUCUCUGUCUCUAGCACGUGUGGAGUGAGAGCGAGGACUGCCUCCCCUUCCUUCAGCUGGCCCAGGACUACAUCUCCUCCUGCGGAAAAAAAACUCUGCUGGAGGUGCUGGAGAAGGUCUUCACAUCCUUCAGGCCUGUAAGGAAACACUAAUGUAACACCCUUAAAGUCAUGCUUUGACAUUGGUGACAGCAUCGUCCACAGCUGACUGACCUCUGCUUGUUGUAAGUGGGUCUGUUGAAGCCCUGAUACAUUCUGUUCUCUAUGCUAUGGACAAAAUGUGCCGAACUCCACCCAGAACUGUGACAUUUUUAAUGUAGCUCAUCGAGACAUAAUACAGAACAGAUGCAGAAAGCAGGAUAUGAUUCAAGGUGCAUUAAGAACUCUUGGGAUCCCCUUGUCAAUUUGAGUUAUAUAAGAGUAGAUUCACUUUAUGAAAUAUAUGAAUAUUAUCCUGUUAGAAAUGAGCUUAUUCAAGCUAUAUGUACACAGAAAUAACUAAGAGGGUAAAAAUCAAGCCCCCUGUGGGAAGAAGUUCAUAUUGACCCUUUUGUGAUCUACACAAUCAGAACAGGCCAUUUGCAACAAGAGUGACUGAUUUUUUGUGGUUGUGUUUUGAAGUCCCAAACAGCAGGGUUGGGUUCAGGUGGAGUGAAUAACUGCAAGAUGUCACAGAGACAUUUCUUUACACUUUCUACCUCAGCGAUUCUCAAUGAGUGAUACAUUUGCCAGCUAAAACGUGUUGAAAAAUAACACCACUCAACCUGGUACGAGGAAAAAUCACCAGAGGCAAAAGGUAGUGCUUUUGAAUAUGCAAUUUGGUCCCCCAAAGUGUCUUCACAGGAGCUUCAAAAACAAACUCUGUUAAUGAAAGAAAAAGGAAAAAGAAUAAACAACAGUAAAUCAGUCAUCAGUAAAAUUCUUAUUAAAAUGCUGUUUAUUUUACUGAGUCACAAAAAGGACAGAGUGUUAAUUGUUUUAACAGUCAAUCAGCAUAAGCAUUAUGAAAAGUAAACAAAUGACACAUCAGUCUGUAGUUUGGUUUAAACUGAAAAUUCUCAUUUGCUUUCUUGGGUACAUGCAGGUACAGGUACCUGUCAGGCUAAAAAGGGGAAGUUGCUGUGCUGAAAAAUCAACCUACUUUAACUUCACUAAUUGAAAUAUUACGUCUUUAUAGCAGAAGCUUCCUUCUAACAAGGAAGUAACUUCACUCAGCUAGCAGAAAUAGUCUGUCACACCCCUCUCAUAAAAGCACAAUGUGUCAUUUCUCCUCUUUGGAUUUAUGGCUGAUUAAACAAACAAGAUACAAGGUGUUAAUAAGAGAGGUUAAGAGGUGUAGGUUCACACUGAUCUGAGCCAAGCUGUCUGUCUUCUGUUCCCAGUCUUAUAUUUAGUUAGAGCUGUACUGUAUUUGGCUGAUUAAAAAAUGAGGUGUGAACCUUCAAGACUGUUUCUUUCAGGAGUAAUUACAGGAUUGUAUAGAGGUAUUUUAACCCUCCUCCUGUGUUAGGGUCUGCACCGACCCGUUUUUGAUUUUAAAUGCUUAAAAGAACCAUUUAAAUUUGCUUUUUUGCAUCAAGACUUAUUGACUUUGUCAGGAACCUCUAUUUCAACAAAAUAAAAAAUAAAAAAUUUUACUGACUCUUAUGCUCUAAUUAAAAUUAUGGCACUUGACAUGUAAGGGUCGCUGUUAACCUGGUUAGAUUAAUAUCCAAGUAUAAGAGCAAAAACUGAAAUCAUAGGUGCAAUGCCAGGCACCACACUGACAGUCAGAUCCUAUUCCAAUCAUGUGAAAUUUAGGAGACUCUCAUUUUGCCUGUUUUUCCCUGCACAAAAAACAAUGCUGGGCAUGUCCAGACAUGGGAGAACAAUUCAGUAUGGAUGUCUAUAUAAGGGGGACACUGAUAAAGAAAGGCCCAGAGGCCCACUACAAAAACUAUUAUAAUCAAUAUUUUCAUGGAUAAUGAAGCCUAACAAGGUAGCCUAGAGAUGAGAACCAAAUUGGAUGAUAGAGAAAUGUUUUUAGUGUAAUUUACAGCUGAUUUAAGACACGGGUCAAAACUGACCCUUAACAUGGUGGGUGCUUAGUAAAAGCUAACACAGGAGGAAGGUGAAGGGGUUGUUAGUUGUUCUACACUAUGACAUGAGAAAUACUAAGAAGAUGUCAUUCGAGUCAAUAAAAGAGUGCAAAUGGAAAGUAGUGAUUACGCAGGAUAGACAGAUGUAUUUAUUGAUUGUGCUGCUGCCUGUUUUGGAUCGGCGGCAGCUGUCCAAGAUUACUGUGAUUAUUUAUGAGAUACCUCAGACCAUGCUGUGCCUAGUACUGAAUGUUUGUUUGGUAAUAGACAAUGCUCCAUUAAACUGCUAUCCAAAUAAAACAAGAAGAGCUGUAAUGCUCCAAGAAAACACACAUACUUAAACCAUGACCUCUAACACAACUCUCUUUUUUUCUGCCUCUCCCAGCUGCUGGGUCUUCCAGACUUAGAGGACGACAGUUUUGAGCACUAUCAUGCUGACAUGGAGGGAGAACCAGGGCCAGACCACCAGCAGAUGGGGGUCAGCCAGCAGUGA